GAAGGAGGAAGAGGCUCCGAGUGCGCAUGCUCGGUCUUUUCCUGCUUCAGCCCUAUUAUUAAAGUUCAAGAUGCUGAUGCCCAAGAAGAAUCGUAUUGCUAUCUAUGAGCUCCUCUUCAAGGAGGGAGUAAUGGUGGCCAAGAAGGAUGUGCAUAUGCCAAAACAUCCAGAAUUGGCAGACAAAAAUGUCCCUAACUUGCACGUAAUGAAAGCCAUGCAGUCUUUGAAAUCUCGUGGUUAUGUAAAGGAGCAGUUUGCUUGGCGACACUUCUACUGGUAUUUGACAAAUGAGGGCAUUCAGUACCUGCGUGACUAUCUUCACCUUCCUCCUGAAAUUGUUCCUGCUACUCUACGUCGCCAGACUCGUCCUGAGACUGCCAGGCCAAGGCCUAAAAGUCUGGGUGAGGACCGUCCAUCUCGUCUUCGUGAAACUGACAGAGACAGUUACAGGCGGGCUGCUCCACUUGGUGCAGACAAAAAGGCUGAAGCUGGUGCUGGUGCAGCUACAGAAUUCCAGUUUAGAGGUGGAUUUGGCCGUGGUCGUGGACAACCUCAAUAAAUGUGUACAAUUUGCUGUGUAAAAUAAAGACAAUUGAAAAACAUAA